AUGGUUUCGGAUAACGACACAUACAUGACACCUCUUUCGGCCAGAUAUGGCUCCAAGGAGAUGUCGCAUAUCUUUUCGAUGAGAAACAGAUACUCGACAUGGCGUGAGCUUUGGUACAGUUUGGCCCGUGCAGAGAAGUCUCUGGGCUUGGAUGUGAUCACGGAUAAGGCAUUGAAGCAGAUGUCCCAGCACUUAACUAUCACAGAUGAGGAAAUUGAGGCUGCCAAAAAGGAGGAAGCAAGAGUUAGACAUGAUGUGAUGGCACAUGUUCACGUGUUUGGAGACACGUGUCCGGAGGCUGCAGGUAUCAUUCACCUAGGAGCAACAUCAUGCUUUGUUACGGAUAACGCUGACUUGAUUUUCAUGAGGGAUGCUUACGAUUUGUUGAUUGAAAAACUUGUGAAUGUGAUCGACAGACUCUCAAAGUUCGCACUCAAGUACAAAGACAUGCCUGUUUUGGGAUGGACGCACUUCCAGCCGGCUCAGUUGACCACAGUUGGAAAGAGAGCCUGCUUGUGGUUGCAAGAGCUUCUUUGGGACUUGAGAAACUUCGAAAGAGCCAGAAACGAUAUCGGACUUCGUGGUACUAAGGGAACAACGGGAACACAGGCCUCAUUCCUGUCUCUAUUCCACGGAGACGGCAAGCAGGUCGAGGCUUUGGACAAGAAGGUAGUCGAACUUAUGGGAUUUAAGCAUGCAUACCCUGUUACUGGCCAGACGUACUCGAGAAAGAUCGAUAUCGACAUGUUGCAUCCACUCGCCUCGUUUGGUGCUUCUUGCCAUAAGAUGGCUACCGACAUCAGACUUUUGGCCCACCUGAAGGAAGUUGAAGAGCCAUUUGAGAAGUCGCAGAUUGGAUCUUCAGCUAUGGCCUACAAGAGAAAUCCAAUGAGAUGCGAGAGGGUCUGUUCUCUGUCGAGACAUCUUGGUGCUUUGUUCCAGGAUGCUUUUAACACUGCCUCUGUCCAGUGGUUUGAAAGAACGCUUGAUGACUCUGCCAUCAGAAGAAUUUCCGUCCCAGAGGCUUUCCUUACGGCGGAUAUUCUUCUCAGCACACUUACCAACAUCACUGAGGGUUUGGUGGUUUAUCCUAAGGUCAUCGAGAAGCACAUCAAUGCCGAGCUUCCAUUUAUGGCCACCGAGAACAUUAUUAUGGCUAUGGUUGAAGAUGAAGGUGCUUCCAGACAGGAAUGCCACGAAGAAAUCCGUGUUUUAUCUCAGCAAGCUUCCAGUGUGGUCAAACAGCAGGGCGGUGAAAACGAUUUGAUUCAGAGAAUCAAGAAGGAUGAAUACUUCAAGCCAAUCUGGUCCAAACUUGACAAACUUUUGGAUCCUUCCACAUUUAUUGGCCGUGCACCUCAACAAGUUGAAGGAUUCAUUAGUAACGAUGUCCACGAUGCUCUUGAGCCUCACAAGGACUUGAUCAAUGAUGUUGAGGUUAAAUUGAGCGUCUGA